CUCAUGGCCACGCCCCAUCCCUCGCUCCGCUCUAGCCUCCCGACUCGAUGCCUCUUCCUGGCUCCGAAGGUUCCGGCGGGCGCGGUUUCCGCCCGGAGUGCUUUCCCGCUACUCCCGCCGGUGAGGGGCUCGGAGGGAGGGGGCCAAGAUGUACGCUGUAUACAAGCAAGCCCACCCGCCCACCGGCUUGGAGUUCUCCAUGUACUGCAACUUCUUCUCCAACUCCGAGCGCAACUUGGUGGUGGCGGGAACCUCACAGCUGUAUGUGUACAGGCUCAACCAUGACUCUGAGAGCACCACAAAAAGUGACAGGAACACAGAAGGCAGAGGCCACCGCGAGAAGCUGGAGCUCGUGGCCUCCUUCUCCUUCUUCGGGAACAUCAUGUCCAUGGCCAGCGUGCAGCUUGCAGGCGCCAAAAGGGACGCUCUCCUGCUCAGCUUCAAGGACGCCAAGCUCUCGGUGGUUGAGUACGAUCCUGGCACUCACGAUCUGAAAACGCUUUCCCUUCAUUACUUUGAGGAGCCGGAGCUGAAGGACGGCUUUGUGCAGAACGUCCACAUCCCCAAAGUGCGGGUGGAUCCAGACGGGCGCUGCGCCGUGAUGCUGAUCUACGGCACGCGGCUGGUGGUGCUGCCCUUCCGCAGGGACACCCUGACGGAUGAGCACGAAGGAGUAGUGGGCGAAGGCCAGAAGUCCAGUUUCCUGCCCAGCUACAUCAUCGAUGUGCGUGAGCUGGACGAGAAGCUGCUGAACAUCAUCGACAUGCAGUUUCUCUACGGCUACUACGAGCCCACCUUGCUCAUCCUCUUUGAGCCCAACCAGACCUGGCCAGGGCGGGUGGCCGUGCGCCAGGACACCUGCAGCAUCGUGGCCAUCUCCCUCAACAUCAUGCAGAAGGUCCACCCGGUCAUCUGGUCCCUCAGCAACCUGCCCUUCGACUGCACCCAGGCCCUGGCCGUGCCCAAGCCCAUCGGAGGUGUUGUGAUCUUUGCGGUGAACUCUUUGCUCUACCUGAACCAGAGCGUGCCUCCCUACGGCGUCUCCCUCAACAGCCUCACCAACGGCACCACCGUCUUCCCGCUGAGGUUCCAAGAAGGAUUAAAAAUCACUCUGGACUGUGCCCAGGCGACCUUCAUUUCCUAUGACAAGAUGGUGAUCUCGCUGAAGGGAGGGGAGAUCUACGUGCUGACCCUCAUCACGGACGGCAUGCGAAGUGUCCGCUCCUUCCAUUUUGACAAGGCGGCAGCCAGUGUCCUCACCACCUGCAUGAUUACCUUGGAGCUCGGUUACCUCUUCCUGGGCUCUCGGCUGGGCAACUCUCUUCUCCUGAAAUACACGGAAAAGCUCCAGGAGGCCCCCAUGAGCAUCGCUAAGGACUCUGCCGAGAAGGAGGAGCCCCCCCUGAAGAAGAAGCGCAUGGAGCAGUCCGCCAACUGGGCCGGAGGGAAGUCAGCUCCGCAGGACGAAGUAGACGAGAUUGAGGUGUAUGGCAGCGAGGCCCAGUCUGGCACCCAGCUGACCACCUACUCUUUCGAGGUCUGCGACAGUAUCCUAAACAUCGGGCCCUGCGCCAACGCUGCCAUGGGAGAGCCGGCUUUUCUCUCCGAGGAGUUCCAGAAUAGUCCUGAGCCUGAUCUAGAAAUUGUGGUGUGUUCUGGCUACGGCAAAAACGGUGCCCUCUCAGUCUUGCAGAAAAGCAUCCGUCCUCAGGUGGUCACCACCUUUGAACUGCCCGGUUGCUACGACAUGUGGACGGUGAUCUCGCCCCAGAAGACGGAGGAAGCCACCCAGGAAGAAGAUACUCAGGAAGAAGGUACUGAGAAGGAGCCCUCUCCACCUGAGCCAGUGGAUGAUGGGAAGCGACAUGGGUUCCUCAUCCUGAGCCGUGAAGACUCCACCAUGAUCUUGCAGACCGGCCAGGAGAUCAUGGAGCUGGACACCAGCGGAUUUGCCACCCAGGGCCCCACCGUAUACUCUGGCAACAUCGGCGAGAACCGCUACAUCGUCCAAGUGUCCCCUCUGGGUAUCCGUCUCCUGGAAGGAGUGAACCAGCUACACUUCAUCCCGGUGGACCUCGGCUCGCCCAUUGUGCACUGUGCCGUGGCUGAUCCCUACGUGGUGAUCAUGAGCUCCGAAGGCCAGGUGACCAUGUUCGUGCUAAAGAGCGACACCUACGGGGGCCGGACGCACCGCCUGACCUUACAGAAACCACAGUUACACCAUCAAUCGCGGGUGAUCGCCCUCUGCGUCUACCGGGACGUCAGUGGGAUGUUCUCCACUGAGAGCCAUUCGUCCAGCUCCCGAGACGAGCUGCCCCUGCGGAGCCAGUUGGAGACCGAGACGCCCAUCCAGGACCUCAGCAACACAGUGGACGAUGAGGAGGAGAUGCUUUACGGCGACUCCAGCACGCUCUUCAGCCCCACCAAGGAGGAGCCACGGCGCAGCAGCUUGCCCUCCGCGGACAAGGAUUCCCACCAGUACAAGGCCGAGCCAACCCACUGGUGCAUGCUGGUGCGGGAGAACGGCACCAUGGAGAUCUACCAGUUGCCCGACUGGCGCCUGGUGUUUCUGGUGAAGAAUUUUCCCAUGGGGCAACGGGUGCUGGUGGACAGCUCCUUUGGGCAGCCCGCCAGCCAGGGGGAGAGCAAGAAGGAGGAAGUCGUCCGUCAGACCGAGAUGCCGCUGGUCAAGGAGGUCCUGCUGGUGGCCCUGGGGAAUCGACAGAGCCGGCCGUACCUCUUGGUGCACGUGGAUCAAGAGCUGCUCAUCUACGAGGCCUUUAACCACGACUCUCAGCUGGGCCAGGCCAACCUCAAAGUGCGAUUCAAAAAGGUUCCCCACAACAUCAACUUCCGGGAAAAGAAAUCCCGACCGUCCAAAAAGAAGUCCGAGAGCGCGGGGGGCGAGGAAUCGGGAGCCCCCCGAGGACGAGUCGCUCGCUUCCGCUACUUUGAAGACAUCUACGGCUAUUCGGGAGUGUUCAUUUGUGGGCCCUCGCCACAUUGGCUGCUGGUGACAUCUCGGGGGGCCCUGCGCUUGCACCCCAUGACCAUAGAUGGCCCCAUUGAGUCCUUCGCCCCCUUCCACAACGUCAACUGCCCCAAGGGCUUCCUCUACUUCAACCGGCAGGGGGAGCUGCGCAUCAGCGUCUUGCCCGCCUAUCUUUCCUACGAUGCGCCGUGGCCUGUCCGGAAGAUCCCACUGCGUUGCACCGCCCACUACGUAGCAUACCACGUGGAGUCCAAGGUGUACGCCGUGGCCACCAGCGUCAACAACACUUGCACCCGCAUCCCCCACAUGACGGGGGAGGAGAAGGAUUUCGAGACCAUCGAGAGAGAUGACCGCUACAUGCACCCACUGCAGGAAGCUUUUUCUAUUCAGCUGAUCUCUCCGGUCAGCUGGGAGACCAUCCCUAACACCAGGAUCGACCUGGAGGAGUGGGAGCACGUGACUUGCAUGAAGACAGUGUCGCUGAAGAGCGAGGAGACGGUCUCCGGUUUGAAGGGCUACAUCGCCGUCGGGACCUGCCUGAUGCAGGGUGAAGAGGUCACCUGCAGGGGCCGGAUCCUGAUCAUGGACAUCAUCGAGGUGGUUCCCGAGCCGGGCCAGCCCCUCACCAAGAACAAGUUCAAGGUCCUGUACGAGAAGGAGCAGAAGGGGCCGGUCACCGCCCUCUGCCACUGCAAUGGCUACCUGGUGUCGGCCAUUGGACAGAAGAUUUUCCUCUGGAGCCUGAAGGACAACGACCUGACUGGCAUGGCCUUCAUUGACACCCAGCUCUACAUCCACCAGAUGAUCAGUGUGAAGAACUUCAUCCUGGCCGCCGACGUCAUGAAGAGCAUCUCGCUGCUGCGCUACCAGGAGGAGAGCAAGACCCUCUCUCUCGUCAGCCGGGAUGCCAAGCCCCUGGAGGUCUACAGCGUGGACUUCAUGGUGGACAACGCCCAGCUGGGAUUCCUCGUGUCUGACAGGGACCGAAACCUCCUGGUCUACAUGUAUCUGCCGGAAGCAAAGGAGAGCUUUGGCGGCAUGCGACUUCUCCGCCGAGCGGACUUCCAUGUGGGGGCCCACGUCAACGCUUUCUGGAGGACGCCGUGCCGGGGAGCCCUGGAAGGGCUGGCCAAGAAGACCAACGCCUGGGAGAACAAGCACAUCACCUGGUUUGCUACUCUGGACGGAGGCAUCGGGCUGCUGCUGCCCAUGCAGGAGAAGACCUACCGGCGGCUGCUGAUGUUGCAGAACGCGCUGACUUCCAUGCUGCCCCACCACGCAGGGCUCAACCCUCGGGCCUUCAGGAUGCUGCACAUGGACCGGCGCAUCCUGCAGAACGCCGUCCGGAACAUUCUGGACGGGGAGCUGCUGAACCGCUACCUCUACCUGAGCACCAUGGAGCGCAGUGAGCUGGCCAAGAAAAUUGGCACCACGCCGGACAUUAUCCUGGAAGACCUGCUGGAGAUUGAUCGCGUCACCGCCCAUUUCUAGGGUGUCCUGUCUCCGCUGCAACGGAGGCGUUUCGACAUGCCCCAUCUUCUCCCCAAGUUGCCACAUUCCUUGUUGCGUUUGGUGUUUGUUUCUGAUAGAAAACCGUCCACACGAGAUUUGUAUAAAACAUUCAGGAUUUGUAAGGAAA